UCCUAGAAUCAAAGGAAAUACGUGUGGCUUUCUCGACUCAUUUCCGAACCCAUAAUGUGUGGUAUCGGAUGCCUGGUCUCGUCGGAAGAGUGCGAUGAUGUAGAAACUGGAGAAAGACAAUGCAUAGGUCUGAAGAGCUGGUGGGAAUCGGUGGUGGCCGCCAACAGAAGACGAGGUCCCGAUGCAUUUGGAUACCAUAGAAUCUCUCUUGGUCCAACGUGUGUGUCUGCUGGUACAGAGCGUGAUGGCUCCUCUACAGAAGCCCACUCCAUCGGAACAACUGGCAGUGCCACUGCUGGAGAAGUUGGCCCAUAUAUUCCUCCUCGCAUGGUGAAUAUGUGUGGCUGUGUGCUACAUUUGCGUGGCGGUGGCUGCGCUACACAACAACCAUUGAUCAAUCACGCUACUAAUGAUGUACUGCUAUGGAAUGGCGAGGUAUUUGAUGGUGUGGAGGUUUCUGUUGGCAGGAAUGAUGGAUCGGUACUUUUGGAAUUGCUGAGCAAGUGCACGGACCUGGUGUGUAGUCGCGAAGACUACAUUGUGUCCGUUCUAGCAACGAUACAUGGUCCCUGGGCGUUUGUAUUCUGGCAGGCAGAUGAGCAACGCCUCUGGUUUGGACGUGAUUGCAUUGGCCGACGGUCUCUGCUGUGGAGCAGCUUUGCUGAUGGAACCUUUGCGCUCUCAUCCGUUGGUGGACCAUUGGAAGUCAGCAACCCGGCAAUGUCGUGGUCUGAAGUGCCUGCUGUUGGUGUGUUUGCCAUGAAGCUCUCCAAGACACCAUUGUCACAUACAGGAGCAUCACCCAUGGUGUUGUACAAGUGGAAUAAUCUAUGUUCAGACAACUGCAAAACCCGUCUUGAAGCUAGUCCCAAUAUCAACUGGAAUAUGCAUUCUUCGUUGAAGCUUUCUUGCCCUGUGGGUCCGUUCAACAACACCAUUGCCAGCCAGGAUAGUACAGGCUGCUGUGUUGUCAGUCACAAGGAAUGGAUGAGCACUGGCGUGGAUGAAGUUACGCUGCAUGCUGAUAUAUCUAAUGUGAAGAGCGUGGACUCCUCCUGCUCUGCUUGUGUCACGGCUGCAGCUGAAGUGAGCAGCACUGUUCAUACCCAUGAGCAAUGCACACCUCUGGAGCAUUCUAAGCAGUUGGGGUUGAAGUUCCGCAGCAUUCUGAGCGAGGCUGUGCGCAAGAGAGUGUCAAGCGUUCCGUGGCGUGAGCCUUCUCGGCGGACACCUGCUGAGCCAACAUGCAUGCAUCAAGUCAGUGAUGAUAGCAAUGAGAGAAGCCGUGAUGAUCGCACACCCAGAACAUGGCCUGUGUCGGAAUGUGGUAUGGUGUCUGGUACGCCCGUCGCCGCUGCUGCUGCUUCUUGUGCCGCAGAAGAAGCAGCAGCAGCAGCAGAAGCAUCAUCUGGGAAGACGAUCAUCACUGGUGAUCAUGGUGUAUUCUCUAGCUUAGGGCAGUGUGACACAUUGAUGCCAUCACCAGCGACAGCAGCAGAAGCAGCAGCUCAAGAUGCACCAUCACGGGUAGCUGUUCUCUUUUCUGGUGGUGUCGACUGUAUGGUCUUAGCUGCGCUAGCAGGAGAGUACAUCCCUCCUGAUGAGCCUAUAGACCUGAUCAAUGUUGCCUUUGAACAGGAGCCGAAGUCUUCCUUAGGAAAGGCAAAGCGUGGUAGCAAGAAGCCUGCGCAAGUGGCUGAUGAUGCGAGCAAACUGCCUUCGUAUGAUGUGCCUGAUCGCAAGACGGCCCUGGCAGGAAUUCAUGAGCUGAGCUGCCAGCGGCUCUGGAGGUUUGUUGAGGUCAAUGUCACCAAGUCGGAGUUGAACAAGUGGCGCAAGGAAUGUGUGUCCCAUCUUGUUUGGCCGUGCACAUCCAUUCUUGAUGACAGCAUUGGCAGUGCAAUCUGGUUUGCAGCUCGAGGCCAAGGCCGUCUUCUUAAGCCCACCAUUUCACCCGAGGGAGAGCAAGAAAUGGUAGAGGUUUGCUCAAACUAUACCUGCCCUGCAAAGGUUGUCUUAGUUGGUAUGGGUGCCGACGAACAGCUGGCAGGAUACUCCCGGCAUCGACAGAAGUUUCUUCACCAUGGUUUGCAGGGCCUCAUUGAUGAAGUAUUCAUGGACAUCAGUCGGAUUUCGUAUCGCAACUUGGGCAGAGAUGACAGGGUGAUUUCUGAUCAUGGUCGAGAGGCACGUUUUCCCUUCCUUGAUGAGAAUGUUAUGACGUUUCUCAAUUCACUUCCUCUUCAGGAAAAGGCCGACUUGCAGCUGGAGCGUGGAGUCGGUGAAAAGCUGCUCCUGCGCAAUGUAGCUAGAUCACUGGGAUUGAACAAGGCAUCAGGCUUGCCGAAACGAGCCAUUCAGUUUGGCUCACGUAUUGCGAACAGUGCUGAGAGGGGCAGUGACCACAGUGAGCGUCUCUCUGCAUCACCAGCUACUUCGGCUACACUGUAGCCUUUUGUGGUCACAUGCUAGCAACCUGCAAUGCUAGCAACCUGCAAUGCAUGAUAGCAACCUGAAAUGCAUGCUAGCAACCUGAAAUGCAUGCUAGCAACCUGAAAUGCAUGCUAGCAACCUGAAAUGCAUGCUAGCAACUUGCAAUGCAUGCUAGCUAGCGACCUGCACAACUGUUCCCUCUGCUUUACAUCCCUCCGGGCAUGAGCCCCUACUGGCCCCCUAGCCCCUGGGGCCCUAGCACCACUUUGGAUCAUGUGACAGUGAGAUCCAAACGCUUCAUCAAGAAGUUGACUCUCAUGGCACAUCACUGCAGCCAGCACAGAGUGCGUUGUUGUUCUGAACUUUCACACACAACUAUAUGUUUACUUCUUGAAAUGUUCUCAUGCUGAUAGCAAAUAUGUGUACAGUCAAACCUCUUUAGGACGAA